UAUGACCCGCAGCCUGAGCGAACCAGGACCGAGUCCCUGCGCCUUCCCAGCACCAACGACCACUUCGUCGAUCAUUAAUAAUAACAACAGCAACAACAAUUCUACCGAACCGCCUUCGAUCGUGAUCAACGAGGAGGUGAACGGCGACGAAGACGACGACGUCCACCGUCGUGGCUUCCAUCAUCUCCAUUACCAUCACCAUCAUCAUCACCAUCAUUUUCACCAUCAUCAGCACCUAUCGGUGACUACAAAGCGCUGCAAACUGGAGACUGCCAGCCUGCCUACCAGCCCCUGCUCCGAGAACGGCCUUCAUCGCCAAUUAGUGCUAAGCAAGACUCGCGUCAUCACCGCAGACGACCUUGCCCAACGUCUUGUGCAUCUUGAGCGAUCCUCCGCCGUUCCAGUGAUUCUGGAUUGCAGACCGUUUACAUUAUACAAUGUCAAUCACGUACGCGGUGCCAUCAACGUCACUUGUUCGGAUCGCUUCAAUCGACGCAGACUUCAGCUGGGAAAGGCCACCCUCGCCGAUCUCGCAUCCGCUCGCGAGGGCAAAGAGCUGCUCAGAAAAAGACAGUUCAAGGAAGUCAUAGUGUACGACGAAGGUACCGACGAUCUGGAGCAUCUGACCGCUCAGAAUCCACUAUUCCUGGUACUUGCUGCACUCGUGGAUGACGAUCGGGAGCCGGCUGUGCUGAUCGGUGGGCACCGGGAGUUCCACAGGCGGCACCGAGAGCUAUGCGAGGAUACGCUUCUGCCAAACGGCGCCGCCGCCGCUGCCGCUGCUGCCGCCGUUGCUGCAGAUCCGUCGACGACGACGGUGAGCGGCUGCACGAGUCCUGGACCAGGUUGUCCCGUGCUGAGCAUCUCUGGCCCGCCGACCCCGCAGCCAGCCGACAUCGACAACCACCCGGCGUCCCGCGUUCUGCCGUUUCUGUACCUCGGUAACGGCGAUCUGCAGCUAUUGCGCGCCCUCGGCGCCACCCGGGUGCUGAACGUCACCUCACAGCUGCCCGGCUACCACGAGGAGCGGGGUAUCACGUACAGGCAGAUACCCGCCUCGGACUCCGGCCAUCAGAACCUCAAGCAGUACUUCGAGGAAGCGUUCGAAUUCAUCGAGGAAGCACGGAAAGCCGGAAGCAGCGUAUUGGUGCACUGUCAAGCUGGUGUGUCGCGCAGCGCAACAAUUGCGAUUGCUUACAUAAUGCGACACAAAGGCCUGUCGAUGGUGGAGGCGUACAAACUGGUGAAGAACGCGCGCCCGAUCAUCAGUCCGAACCUGAACUUCAUGGGUCAGCUGUUAGAGCUCGAGCAGGGUCUGCGGGCGUCCGGUGACGUCGCCAACUCUGCGCCAGAGGAGCCCACGACGACGAUGGUAACGUCAACGACAACGACGUCGACGUCGACAACGGCGACGACGACGACGAGUAGUUGUCACCAGUGCAGGUGGAGUCAUCAGCCUAACAGCGAGGAGGUGGUCACCUCUGGCUGCAGUGUCUGAGACCACGCUCUUCUCUCGUAUCUUCUUCUUCUGGUCUCUCUUGAGAGUACUGGAUCGUCGGCGAUGGCGUCGGUAUGUCGCGAAGACGCAAACAUAUCCCGAGAGAGCGAAUGUCGAUGUCCUUCCUGCGUUUCUUCGCGACAAGUCUGGACGAUAAACGAAUGCAGUUCGCGAGAUCGCCGAUCACCUGAAGAUACUGGAUUCAAUUAUAGGAAGAUUCUGCAAAUAUGAACAAUGAUGCCCUCGGUAUCUUUUCUUGAUAUCCCGAAACGCGGAAUUUUCCCAAUCUUCGCGUCGCACAAUAUUUAAGUUGUCACGUUUUUCAACUCAGGCUCUUUAGCCUAGAAAUUAUCGGCUCUUAAGUUUUUUUGUUUUUUUUUUAGAAUUAAUACAUUUUUUCCUGAAUUCCGUGUCUUCGGGAUGACCAUUCAAUUAAAAAUGGUGAAGUCAAACUGCCGAACUGACAAAUCGUGACUUAUUAAGGGACUCGAAGAGAUACAAAUGUGUGAAGACAAAUACAUCGUAUUGUUAUGAAAAUUUUGAUUUCUCUCUGUGGAUGAUUAAAUUAUUAUAUUUCCUAUAUAUUCUUUAGUGCCAAUGGAAAUUAGUCCGUAUGCUUCAUGUGCAUGAAUCAAUUUGUAAACGUUAUGAAUGCGAUGUGCCUUCUUCACACAUAAUAUAUCUAAGAAAAAAAGAUAGUUACGGGUUAGAUUCUCUGCGGAGAGACAAAAUAUAUGGUAGGGAGCGUAUUUCACAUAAAAAGAAUUCAACCACGCUCGCUUCCAGCUUCGAUAACGAGCAACAGUGCGUCGCGAUUAUUUAUUUUCGAACGACGUUCGUGCGAACAGUGAACAUAACUUGUACUUACGACACACAGUGUUCCAUAAUACGCCUGGUCGAGUCAAUAGGAAGGCAAGUAAAAUGUACAGAAUGCUCGCUUACGAGUUUCUCAUUAAACGAUUGACUAUCGUCUAGUAAUGUUUAUGCAAGAAAAUGCAAGGAAGGAAGAUAUGAAAUCGGAAGUGACUGUUCCAAUGAUUAAUUAUAGGCAGCUUACAACA